CAUUGGAUAUAUGGCACCAGAGUUUGCGUACAUGCGAAGGGUGACCACAAAGGUGGAUGUAUUUAGCUUUGGAAUAGUUAUGAUGGAGUUCUUCACGAGGAAAAGACCAACAAGGAUUACAGAGGAGGAUGGUGUGCCGCUGACCUUGAAUCAGUUUGUAGAAAAAGCCCUUGACGAUGGAUUUUAUACUGCUCUUAGCAUAAUAGACCCUGAAAUAUAUCUUUCAGGCAAAGUGGAGGAAGAGAAGGCUAUUCGUGUUCUGCAACUAGCCUUGUCGUGCACCAAAUUCACUGUCGAGGAUCGUCCAACUAUGAAAGAAGUGCUGUCAUCUCUGCUAAAGCUUACUGAUGUAUAAGUGUAGAGGAUCAAAUUGGUAGCUGGUAUACUAUCUCAAAUUUUAAAGUUGAUGUAUUAUCUAUUCUUAUUUCUUGAGUUUCAUCCUAUUGCGGCCAACUUCAUCAAGCAGGAACAUCAUUUUGUAGUAUUAAAAGAAAGGUGUUAUUGUACAAAGUCUUGUGGUAGCGUGACGUUGGAGUUAGUGUUAGAGCAUCUGUAACGUUAACAAAAUAAUAUUUGAACUUCCAUAUCAGUUGUUGCAUCGUGGGAGUAAGAGUUAUGUUAGGCAAACUUAUUUUUGUGUCUUAUUAUCACUAGACAGAUUUGGUUACAUGAUUUGUGCAUGCCAUAUUGUUCCUAAACAGAUUCUGAUUUAUUGGUAAUUGCUACUUGAUUAAGGUAUGCAUCUUCUUCGUUUUAUAUGAAAGUAAUAAUUUCAAAGAAAUACGGUGUGACAAUAUUUACAAUCUGCUUUGUGCUGUAAUUCUUAGUGGUUUUCAUUACUGGUGGACCAGAUAGGACCGUUUCAUCUUGACCAUAUCAUCUUAGGUUGGAUGCAUCAUAACCGCACACUUAUUGUGACUUGAUUUGAGUGCCAUGGACUAGAGAAGCUUGGGCUAUUAUGAAUUGUUUUAGAGAGAAGCAGAUGUGAUGUAUAUUACCUGAUGUAUGUUGACCUCUAACUGUCGGAGACCCAACCGCUCAUUCCACCUCAGCCCACCACAGAAACGACCCAUGAUCUCACACAACUGUCACACUCCUCUCGACAAAAACUGCUCCUCACGACAUAAAACAAAAAAACCUCCUCUCAUUCGGCUCUCACGCACAAAGGAAUACAGACAAGGAGAAACCGAAGCCCAUACCUGUGGUCUUGUUCGUCUCCUCCAUUUGAGUCGACUCCCUCUGCGAAUUCAAAUCGAAGCCGCACAUCUCC